UAUACAUACACCUGCUCUCUAUCUAUGCUUGCCUCUCUCUCUCUAACUCCAUCUCUCUCUCGCUCUAGCUUCUGUGCUUUCCAGUCUAGGGUAGAGAGGUUGCGUGUGCUGUGUUGAUGCGUUGAGAGAGAGCCGAGAUCUGAACCGAAUCUAUCAAUGGCUGUCGAUCCGAGGCAAAUACUGGCGGGGGUAUUGACGGUUACAAUGUUCGUAAUGCUGGGGGAUAUGAUCAAGCGCGACCACUUCGAUCCGCCCGUCAUUCACAAUUCAAAUAAGGUAUCAGAGCAGGGCAUUGCUACUGUCACAAAAGAGGACGACGGUCCAUGGAAGGAGGAUGGACUUACCUUGAAGCCAUGCUGGGAGAAGCCAGUUUUGGAGGAGACUGAUGCAUCAAAAGGGCACAUUACAUUCUCAUUAACUAAUGGCCCCGAAUACCAUGUCUCCCAGAUUGCCGAUGCUGUGGUAGUAGCACGAUACCUUCGCGCAACACUGGUAAUCCCGGACAUUAGAGGAAGCAAGCCCGGCGACAAGAGGAACUUCGAAGAUGUCUAUGAUGUCGAUAAGUUCAUAAAUACCCUCAAUGGUGUGGUGAAAGUAGUCAAAACUCUUCCUACUGGAAUAACAGCCCGUAAACUUGCAGUAGUAAAGGUCCCCAACCGAGUUACCGAAGAAGAAAUUGCUGAAAACAUCGAACCAGUUUUCAGAGCCAAGGGAAACAUUAGGCUAACCACUUACUUCCCAUCGGUGAACAUGAAAAAAGGCGAAGAAAGAACCAAUGCCGACUCCAUUGCAUGUUUGGCUAUGUUUGGAACCUUGGAGCCACAACCAGAGGUUCGUGAAGUGAUUGAUUCAAUGCUGGAUCGGCUAAGAACCAUCAGCCGGAAGUCCAAUGGACAGUUUGUCGCGGUUGACUUGAGGGUCGACAUAUUGGAGAAAAAGGGAUGUCAUAAAAACGAUGAUUCUGGAUCCAAAAGCUGUUACAAUGCCGAAGAGAUCGCGCACUUUUUGAGGUCGAUUGGCUUCGAAAAGGACACCACAGUGUAUGUUACUCAAACAAAAUGGGAUCCAAACCUUGAUGCUCUAAAGAAAGUCUUUCCUAAAACAUAUACAAAGAGCUCGAUCAUGCCAAUGGAGAAGAAGGACAAGUUCCUCGGCGCAGACAGCUGGGAAUACGAGGAGGUAAUAGACUUCUACAUUUCUUCAGAGAGCGAUGUUUUUGUGCCAGCCAUAUCCGGGCUGUUCUAUGCGAAUGUAGCCGGGAAAAGAAUCGGGUCUGGCAGGACACAGAUACUCGUCCCCACAAACAUUCCUGAUUCUUCCACCUCUCAUUCUUCCGAAGAAUUCAUUUCUCACUAUGUGUCGAAGAAGAACCACUUCGCGUACUCGUGUUUCUGUUAGUUAGCCGGGGUUGUUAUGAAGAAUGCCACACUACAAUGCAAGGACUCGGACAGUAAGGCUUUUCCCUUCUCGACAUUCCAGGUAAAGAAAAAAACAUUUCUUGUGUUGUAUUUAUAUGGCAAGAAAAAUUUGGAAUUUACAAAGGUGUCAUGCUAUAUAUAUAUAAUAUAUAUAUAUGUUUAUAUGUUUGUUGCAUACAUGGUCGGGGCUGGUGUGGUGUUAGGCUGCACUAAGUUUUUAUUUUUCGAGUGUGUUGAAAGUGUAAUAGGUGGGAAAUUGUUAAUUGUUGUUCUGUUUUGAGCUUCAACGUCACACUAUAGUUUUA